CUGGUUGCAACCGAAGCGCAAUCCUACCAAAUGCUCCUCCCCGCAGCACUACCUCUUACCCACGAUCCGGCGGUUUAUCCACCGGAAAAAUUUCCAGCGGUCGAAAUGUGGCCAAUUAAUUAGCCUGCUUCCAUGCCCGACCCACAUUUCUCUCCCUCCCCUGAGUUUGUUCCUCAAGUCUCUGUUUGCUUUCUUCAUGGAGCUCUUCUGUCCGGAAGACGGCAAUCUCCUUGCUUUCUCCGACGAAGAAGAUGAUGACGCCAACGAACUCAUCUUUUCGAACAGCUCCUUUCUCUCGCAAGCAGAGGACGAAUAUAUAGAAACUCUCGUAUCCAAAGAGACUGCCUUUUCAAGCCCAACCCAUUCUUCCUCCGGCGACCGUCUGCACAGCGAAAGAUUCGAAUCCGUCCGUUGGAUCCUCAAAAUGAAGUCAGGCUUCGGUUUCAGCUCACAGACCGCGUACCUCGCUGUGACUUUUUUAGACCGGUUUCUACUCCGGCGGACCAUCGAUGAGGGGAAGAUCUGGGCGAUGAAGCUUUUAUCGAUAGCUUGCUUAUCCCUGGCGGCAAAGAUGGAAGAAUGCAAGCCGCCAUUUUUGUCGGAGUAUCGAUUCGAAGGUUACAGAUUCAGCAACAAAGUGAUACAGAGAAUGGAACUUCUUGUCUUGGAUGCAUUGGAAUGGAGACUGAACUCAGUCACUCCAUUUACUUACCUUAGCUAUUUUGCAUCAAAAUUUCACUUUGAGAACUGCUCGAGGAAGCUACUCCCCAUUGCCAUCAGAUUCAUCUUUGUAGUUGUAAAAGCUAUGAAUUUGAUUGAUUACCGACCUUCAACCAUAGCUGCCGCGGCUAUCUUAGCUGCAUCAGGUGAGGAAUCAACAAAGAGGUUAUUCGAAUCUAAUACUAAUGUAUUUUCACUCCCUGAACCUUCAGAAAGAGAGCAUAUAUUUACCUGCUAUAAUGCAAUGAUUCGCGAGUCACAGAAGGAGAAAACGAUAUCUCAAAAGGUUUUAUUUUCAUUGGAAAUAUCAUCAAAUUGUGCUAAUCUACCAAACUUAAAUGAAUUCAUCGAUAUCAACAAUUUAUCUGCCACCAGCAACAAGAAGAAAAGACUGCAAUCACCUCAUGGUUAGUGGAGUAAGUAAUUAUCUUGGAAUGAAAAAGAAGAACUUUCACUGUUUUAGUUUCACUGUAUAAAAACGAUGGGAGCGAAAGUGAAGCUUUUUUUAUCGCAAAGUCUCAAAGCUGACAGUACGUUUGAAAAAGGAUGAUGAAGACAACGAAGAAACCAUUGAAGAGUAUUUACUAAUAGGCUUGGAGCUUGAAAGCUAGGUUCUUUUGGUUCAAAGCCCUUGUCAUUCCUAGAUGUAAGCUUACCCGUUAUUCAUUUCAUUGCAUUCCUUCUUGUAUUUUACCUGAUGGAGUUUCAUGUGUAAAGAUGGCAAUGGGGUGAAAGAGUAAUGGGCUUGUUUUUGAAUUGUAGCUCUAUUUAUGAGUAGCAGCUUUAAGAGUGUGGGGAAAAGAAGGUGAAAUUGUGUGUAAAUUGACUUGUUUGAAUAUUGGGAGACUGGGA